AUGAGUCAACGAAAUGAGCAUGCGGUUCUGGCUUUAGAGACGGGCGAGUGCAAACAUUGUGAACUGCUCUCAGUGAAGAUGCUUUGUGCUCGUCUGAACUAUUUUCAGACCGCACCCACCUUUUCAUCGGAGGGCUCUCGUGCAGGGAUUGGGGACAGGUUCGCCGUGCUCAGCAACCUCCCAAGCCAGACAUCAGGACUGUCCUUAAUAAGAAGAGGAAGUCCUGACACUCUGGUGCCCAUGCUGGUGGGGGUAGUCCCUCACGGGGUGGUGCGCGCUCGAGAGCUUUUCACCCUGCCCCAUUACCCUCACAAAACUCCUCCAUCCCCGCCACUUUGUGUGAUCCCAGGGGAGGUGGUUUCCAGCAAGAUAUUAGAUGUUCCAGUGUUUCCUGCCGUCAUUCAGGACACGGAACAUCUAACAUCCCCUCAAAAGGAAGUUCCGUUUUCGGCUGUACAUCCGGUCAUUCUAGAGGCCUUCUGCCCUCCACCGUUCACAACGCCGGAGCAGAAGAAAUCUUAUAGACUGUAUCCAGUCCAUGCUCUUCAGGCUUACAUCCACCGCACUAGCCAGUGGCUGCGCUUGCCGCUGCUCCGCCACGGUCUGCGGAUUGAAGAGCGAGAGGAAACCGUCUUUACUUCUCUUUUAAAGGUGAACUAUGGAGCUACUAGCUAUGCAUUAAGCGAUAAACGCCUGUAUCCUUCUUUUGUGAGAACAAUCCCUAGCAACAAAGACCUGAUAGAGAUGAUUAUUCACAUCAUACGGUGGUUUGGAUGGAACUGGGUCGCCUUUCUUGGUAGCCAAGAUGAUUACAGUUCAGAUGGACUAAAGCUAUUUAACAAGUAUAUAAACAAUACUGGCAUUUGUUUGGCCUAUCAAGAUGGUCUAAGUCUAAAUGCAAACUAUGGUCUAACACUUAAAAAGAUUGAUAAGCUCAAAAUUAAUGUCAUUGUUGUUUUUGCUUUGCCACAAUAUGCAAGCAAAAUUAUCAAAGCAGCCAUUGCAAACAACAUCCAAGACAAAGUAUGGAUUGCAAGUCAAGCAUGGGCUAUGAAUCAGCAGCUUCCAAGAGAGCUAGGAAUUGGAAAAAUUGGCACAAUCAUUGGCAUUACAGAGAGACUGUUGUCAUUGCCUGGAUUCAAUGAAUUUGUAUAUAAAAUCAGUCGAAUAACUGAUAUUGGCCAUAAUUAUAGAGCUGAGACUGGCAUCCUGGGGAUGAGAAAGACAUGUAAUCAAGUUUGUGAUUACUGCUCUUUGUUGACUGCAGAGGAGAUCAUAAAUGAAAAUCCCACAUUCUCUUUUGCCAUCUAUGCUGCCAUAUAUACCAUAGCUCAUGCGUUACAUAAGGUUCUGCAGUGCGACAUGAAUGAAUGCCACAGAAACACAAUGGCCAAGCCAUACAUGCUUCUUAAAGAGAUAAGUAAUUUGGAUUUUCCACUCAAUGGCCGUCAGGUGAAAUACAAUGACCAUUAUGAUCCAACGAUCAGUUAUGCAGUUGUGCUCUGGCGCACUGAUGUGAAUCCUCCACAGUUUGAGAUGGUUGGCACAUAUGAUACUCAUCCUGAAAUUACUUUUAGUAUCGACAACUCUCUCAUGCCAUGGCAUAACAAUGGUUCUGUUAUAUUCUCAAACUGCUCUAUUGAGUGUAAGGCGGGAUAUUCAAGGCAAACUGAAGGUUUUCAUAGUUGCUGUUUUUCCUGUAAAAAAUGCCCAUCCAACAGCUAUGUGGAUUUUUCUCGGGCAAAACCUCAGAAGAGCAGCUCUACACCAUCAGAGCGAGACCAGCUGCGCUUGGCCCACGACUGGAAAAUGCUAGCUGACAUUGGUCGGCAACUUGUGUUUCCUCCGGAGAUCGCAACCACCACCCUAAGACCUGACAUGGUGCUCUGGUCCCUUUCGCUAAAGAAGGUCUUCAUUAUUGAGCUCACAGUACCCUGGAAGGACUCGGUAGAUGAGGCUUAUGAACGAAAACAUCUGCGCUAUGCCGAUCUAGCUGCCGAAGCACGGCAUCAUGGCUGGAACACAGAAGUCCGACCAGUGGAGGUGGGCUGCAGAGGUUUUGUAGCAACAUCUACAACCAGACUGCUUAGAGACCUGGGAAUUAAGGGCCAGAGCCAGCGUUCGGCAAUCAGAGCUGUAUCGGAGGCGGCAGAAGGCAGCAGUCAAUGGCUCUGGAUGAAGAGGAAAGACCCCAGCUGGGCCCCGAAGUGA